GUGAUUUCUUGAAACCCAAAUUUUUCCAUUUUUCAGACUAAGUUAUGUCAGGAUAUGAGUUGUUAUCGGACCAGGGGUUGAGGUUGGAUGGUCGGAAGGCCGGUGAGCUGAGACGAAUACAGACACGGAUGGGUGUCUUUAAACAGGCUGAUGGGAGUGCGUAUCUAGAACAAGGAAACACAAAGGUUCUAGCUGCAGUGUACGGCCCUCAUGAUAUGAGAGACACGCGGCUUCGCCCACUGCAGGAUAAGGUCGUCGUCAACUGCCAGUACAGUACAGCAGUUUUCAGCACAGGAGAAAGGAAAAGGCGACCACGUGGAGACCGGAAAUCAACCGAGAUGUCACAGCAUUUAAAACAAACUUUUGAAGCUACGAUCAAAACUGAGUUGUAUCCCCGCUCACAGAUCGAUAUUUUCGUCGAGGUUCUUCAAGCCGACGGAGGAAACUACUGUGCGUGCGUGAACGCGGCAACGCUGGCGCUUAUUGACGCCGGGAUUCCGCUCAAGGAUUAUGUUACCGCUUGUACCGCUAGUUUAGUCCUGGAUACUCCGCUUGUAGAUGUUUCAAGUCUGGAAGCUACAACAGGUGGUCCUGAGUUAAUUCUUGCUUCUCAUGCCAAAUCCGGUCAAAUCGUUUUGCUAGAAAUGUCACACAGAUUUCACGUGGAUCACUUAUCGCAAGUUAUGGAUGUCGCUUUAGAGGGGUGUAAGAAUAUCUACACAAUUUUAGAUAAGGCAGUUCGGCAGCACGUCUCAAAUACGGGAGCUUCAAUCGGCUGGGAAACGGCCGGAUAGUUGUUUUUGCUGCAUCAUAAUUUUGAUAUUUUCAGAA